AUGCGGAGGGCGAUCCGAAGCGGGGCAGCUGCUCCCCGAAACCAGCGCGGCACAGGGGAGCCCCUGGGGACCCCUCGGGAAACGGCGUCGUGCCCUGGGGAUCUGCAAGCCGAGCCGACCGAGAUCUUCUCGGGCAAGACGGUGACUCACGAGGACAUCAAGUACGAGCAGGCGUGCAUCCUCUACAACCUGGGUGCGCUGCACUCCAUGCUGGGCGCCAUGGACAAGAGAGUGUCCGAGGAGGGCAUGAAGGUUUCCUGCACCCAUUUCCAGUGCGCUGCCGGGGCGUUCACCUACCUGCGGGAUCACUUCCCCCACUCCUACAGCGUCGACAUGAGCCACCAGAUCCUCAACCUCAACAUCAACCUCAUGCUGGGCCAGGCGCAGGAGUGUCUGCUGGAGAAGUCCAUGCUGGACAACAGGAAGAGUUUCCUCGUGGCCCGGAUCAGCGCCCAGGUGGUGGAUUACUACAAAGAGGCCUGCCGGGCGCUGGAGAACUCGGAGACGGCCUCGCUGCUGGGAAAGAUCCAGAAGGACUGGAAGAAGCUGGUUCAGAUGAAGAUCUAUUAUUUUGCUGCUGUGGCCCACCUGCACAUGGGAAAACAGGCCGAGGAGCAGCAGAAAUUUGGGGAAAGGGUCAUCUACUUCCAGAGCGCUCUGGAUAAACUCAACGAAGCUAUCAAGCUGGCAAAGGUGCGUUCCGGCUCCAUCUGGCAGCGCUUAAUUGGCUUUUUAAGGUCACCGUGCUGGGGCCUGGCUCAGGCCAGCGGGAUGCCAGACGGGGAAGAGGAGAACUGGUACAAUUCGGCCAAAAAGGACAACGACUUCAUCUACCACGAAGCUGUCCCUGCGCUGGACACCCUGCAGUCCGUGAAAGGGGCUCGUUCUCUCACCUGCAGCCAGUUCAUGGACUCCAUGCAGCUGGACCCCGAGACCGUGGACAACCUGGACCUCUACAGCCACAUCCCCCCCGUCCUGAUGGAGAAAUGCGCCGCGCUCAGCGUCCGCCCCGACACCGUCAAGAACCUCGUCCAGUCCAUGCAGGUGCUCUCCGGGGUCUUCACCGAUGUGGAGGCCUCCCUGAAGGAGAUCCGAGACCUCCUCGAGGAGGACGAGGCCCAAGAGCGGAAGCUGCAGGAGCUGCUGGGGAAGGUCCCGGCACCCCAGGGGUCCCCCCCGCCACCCUCCCCGGGCCUGGCCGAGGUCAGCAAGGAGUGCUCCAAGUACCUGGAGGUGCACGAGAAGGCCAGCUUCACCAACACCGAGCUCCACAAGGCCAUGAACCUGCACAUCGGCAACCUCCGCCUGCUCAGCGGGCCGCUGCACNNNNGCCGCUCAGCCCUCCCCCGUCCCGCAGACGACAAGCAGGUCCUGCAGAACCUGAAGCGAAUCCUGGCCAAGGUGCAGGAGAUGCGGGACCAGCGGACGUCCCUGGAGCAGCAGCUGCGCGAGAUGAUCCAGAAGGACGAUAUCACCACCUCGCUGGUCACCACCGACCGCUCUGAGAUGAAGAAACUCUUUGAGGAGCAGCUGAAGAAGUACGACCAGAUCAAGGUCUACCUGGAACAGAACCUGGCCGCCCAGGAGAACGUCCUGAAGGCCCUGACGGACGCCAACGUCAAAUACGCGGCCGUGCGCAAGGCCCUGGCCGAGGUGGAGCACAAGUGGAACACCACCGUCCAGACCUUGGUGACCUCCUACGAAGCCUACGAGGACCUGAUGAAGAAAUCGCAGGAGGGGAAGGACUUCUACACCGACCUCGACGCCGUCUGGAAGGAGCUGCAGGACGCCCAGGAACGCGACGCCCGGCAGCUCUCCAUCGCCAUCGCCCGCUGCUACUCCAUGAAGAACCGCCACCAGGACAUCAUGCCCUACGACCGGAACCGCGUCGUCCUCCGCUCGGGCAAGGACGACUACAUCAACGCCAGCCGCGUGGAGGAUCUCUCGCCUUACUGCCCCGCCGUCAUCGCCACGCAGGCCCCGCUGCUGGGCACCGCCGCCGACUUCUGGCUGAUGGUCUACGAGCAGAAGGUCUCCGUCGUCGUCAUGCUGGUGUCGGAGCAGGAGCUCGACAAGGUAGACCCGUCCUUGGGUGAGCUGGGGUCACCGUGCGGUUCCAGGCCACGGUGGGGACACAGGAGGGUCCCACGGGCGCCGUGA